AUGAGCUCGACGCCAUCGAUCACGGGCAAGUCCCUCUCUGCUUCGACAUCCCAUUCUCCUGCCGUCCAGCCCGGCCCCGCCCCUUCGAGUUUUGAGUCGACCCGCCGCCCGAACCAGACGAGCCCCUCCAUCACCCAGACGAACGCCCGCAAGGCACAGGCCGCCAGGAAACAGCACAAGAACCAACGCCGACCCGCUGGCUUUGGCCAGCCACGACAAAACUCCACGCUGGAUGACGAUGACGACAUGGCUGAGAUUCGAGCCGUCCGGAACGCCUCGAGCCGCCGUGGCCAGACAUCCAUCACCCAUCUCCUGAACUACAGCACGCCUUCUCGUCACUACCAGGAUCACCUCCACACCCACCACCACUCCUCCUACUCGAGGAGCUACCGCCGCAAUCCCACCUGGGGUCCCGGAUCCGGCCACCACGCCGCCGACAAGGCCCGCUACGUGCACGCGAACUACCGCUUCGUCGUCUCGCCCGAGGGCAGCUACGCCACGCAGGCUGUCGACGCCGACGAACACCUACAAUGGGGCGACGUCCUCCAGAUUCUAGCCUCGGCCGAGUCCCAGGCCACGAGCUGUCCCAUCUGUCUGUCCGAGCCCGUUGCCCCGAGGAUGGCCAAGUGCGGCCACAUAUUCUGUCUGCCAUGCCUCAUUCGCUUCAUGAGCGCGAGCGACGAUGAUGCGAAGAACAACAGAGGCGCGCGUUGGAAGAAAUGCCCCAUUUGCGAGGACAGCGUGUACCUUCACGAGACUCGCCCUGUCCGCUUCUACGCCGGCCAGGAGAGCCCACUCCCUCGAGUCGGCGACGAUGUCGUGCUCAGGCUCAUGGCAAGGUCGGCGAAAUCCACACUUGCCCUGCCUCGGGAGGGAGGCGCCGAAGCCCUCGGUGCCGCCGACGACAUCCCCUGGCACUUUGCUGCCAACGUCCUAGACUAUGCGAGGAUCAUCAAGGGUACCGCUGGGUACAUGUCUGAGCAGUACGACGAGGAGAUCCAGGCUCUACAGAAGCAGGAGACGGAGGAUCAGCUCCUCUAUCACGAGGAUGACGAGUGGACACAAAAGGCCAUCCGCGCCAUCAACACAGCCAAGGACAAGAUCAUGGACCUCGGUGAGCAGGCCGGCCUGCCCUCUGCCAGCUCAAAAGAUGCAGGCCAGACCAGGGUGGUGCAGCCCGAUUUCUUCUUCUACGCAUCCCAGCCACACCUCUAUCUAUCAGCACUGGAUAUUCGCAUCUUAAAGACAAAGUAUGGCGAAUUCUCGGCCUUCCCCUCCACCCUCCUCCCGCGCGUCGAACACAUCUCCACCGGCCACGUCCUCGACGACGCCCAGCGGAAACGGGCCAAGUACCUCGGCCACCUGCCCUACGGCUGCGUUAUUAGCUUCCUCGAGUGCGAUUGGACCGAUAUUGUCCCCGCGGAGAUCCUCGACAAGUUUGCCGGCGACAUUGAGAAGCGGAGGAAGCGCAACCGCGACAAGGCCGCCCAGGAGGACCGUGAGAGGUUACAGGCUGAGCGCCUCGAGGCCGCCGCCAUGCGCAGUCUCCACAGGCACCCGCCGCCAGUACGACCCCAUUGA